AUGCUACAGCGUGCGCUACCGAACGCCCCCAACGGAUAUACUCCAUCCAAUGUCACUUGCUCGGCUAGGCGGCCCACAGUGCGCAGUGCUUCGACUUUGUCCUCGAACGAGACUGCAUGGCUCAAGACUCGCCGAGAGAAAACCGAAGCAGCCCUGAAAGACUUUUUCGGUCAUGUCACGAUUAAAGACUUUAAUGCCACUGGAUACAUCGACCGAGUUUCUGGUAAUAACUCCAACCUGCCAAAUAUUGGAAUCGCGGUGUCAGGAGGCGGAUACCGAGCUCUCAUGAACGGCGCGGGAGCAAUCAAAGCAUUUGACAGUCGGACGAACAACUCUACCGGUGAUGGCCAGCUUGGUGGCUUGUUGCAGUCUGCGACAUACCUGGCUGGCUUGAGUGGUGGUGGUUGGCUGGUCGGCUCGCUGUAUAUGAAUAAUUUCAGCACCGUUUCCGACUUGCAGACGUAUAAGGAGGGCGCCAUUUGGCAGUUUCAAAAUUCCAUCUUCGAGGGGCCCGAAGGUGGUGGUAUUCAGCUGUUUAAUACUGCGUCAUACUACAAGGAUAUCUAUGAUGCGGUUCAGGGCAAGUCGCAUGCGGGAUACAACACAUCGAUUACGGAUUAUUGGGGUCGUGCCCUAUCUUACCAACUCAUCAAUGGCUCCAACGGGGGUAUAGACUAUACUUGGUCAUCAAUCGCCCUGACCGAUUCCUUUGAGAAGGCCGAUAUGCCGAUGCCAAUUUUGGUUGCUGACGGGCGGUAUCCCGAUGAGCUACUAGUAAGCAGCAACGCUACAGUGUACGAAUUCAAUCCCUGGGAGUUCGGCACUUUCGACCCCACAGUCUACGGGUUCGUGCCUGUCGAGUAUCUCGGGUCUCGGUUUGUGGCUGGGUCUCUUCCUCGGAAUCAGACCUGCGUCAGGGGGUUUGAUAAUGCGGGCUUCGUGAUGGGAACCUCAUCAAGUUUAUUUAAUCAGUUUCUGUUACAGGUCAACUCCACCGCUCUUCCGGACUUCUUGAAGUCGGCUUUCACAAGCAUUUUGGAAGACAUUGGACAAGAAAACUAUGACAUCGCGCUCUAUACGCCGAAUCCCUUCUACCAUUGGGCCAAUGACUCAUCGCCAGCCGCAAAUGCCACCGUGCUCGAUUUAGUUGAUGGUGGUGAAGACCUCCAGAAUAUCCCGCUACAUCCACUGAUUCAGCCCGAGCGCCAUGUCGAUGUUAUCUUUGCAGUGGACUCAUCCGCUGACACUGGGAAUAAUUGGCCGAACGGCACUGCCUUGGUUGCCACCUACGAACGGAGCCUAAAUUCCACGGGUAUUGGCAAUGGGACCGCUUUCCCAGCGGUACCAGACCAGAAUACCUUCGUCAACCUGGGUCUGAAUACGCGACCGACCUUCUUCGGAUGCAACUCGUCGAACCUUACGGGACCGGCGCCGCUCAUCGUCUAUCUUCCCAACUAUCCAUAUGUCUCGUAUUCAAACGUUUCGACCUUCGAUCCAGAAUACGAGGAAUCGCAGAGAGAUCAAAUCAUACAGAAUGGCUAUGAUGUUGCGACGAUGGGGAACAAUAGCCGUGACGCGGGCUGGUCGACUUGUGUGGGCUGCGCGAUUCUCAGCCGAUCUUUGGAACGAACUAACACUACGGUGCCGGAUGUCUGUAAUCAGUGUUUUGACAGAUACUGUUGGAACGGCACGACUGAUUCCACAACCCCAAAAGAGUAUCAGCCGGCGACGGUGUUUAGCAAUACCAGCGAUAUGGUGUCGCGUGCCGCGUUUUUGGGUGCUUUGGCUACCACGGUGACUGCGGGUGCUUUGCUGUAA